AUGCCAAUUUACCAGACACCGCCUGGAAGUGGUUCAAUCAUAAAUGAGAUCCGAAAGAGAACUAAAGCUGAUGUCCGUAUCUCCAAAGGCGAGAAGCCUGAGUGUUCUGAUUCCACCGAUGAACUUGUUGAGGUGGUUGGGGAAGUUAGUAGGGUGAGGGAUGCACUUAUUCAAAUUGUUCUGCGGCUUCGAGAUGACGUCUUAAAAGACAGGGAAGGUGGUCAUAAUACUUCUGCUGGUGCCGAUUCUAUGUAUUCUAGUGGUGAAACAGGAUCCAAUGGAAGUAAACUCUGUGUUUAUUCCAUCCACCAAAGGUUCAAGCAUUUUUCUGAUUGGUUACUGGAAAUCAUGGCUAUGGGAGACUUGGAUGCUUUCUUUCCUGCUGCAACAUGUGAAUAUGCUCCUAUUGUAGAUGAGAUUUGGAAGGAUCCUGCCAUCCAGGAAACCUACAAGAGAAGGAAAGAAAUUCAUUUGCUUCCAGAUGUUGCCAAAUAUUUCUUAGAUCGGGUAUGGCGUGUCUGCAUCAUCUUUUACUCUAUCUCGUGAUGAUGACAUAUUUAUUGCUUAGCUGUAAAUUGUUCUUGCC